UGUUUUCCAGCUGUCUGUUCACCGUUUACACCUGCCGUUAUUCAUAUCCAUGCAUCACCUCAAGUUUGACAGCGGCGCGUAGUUUUGUUGCACGGGCUCUUUGAUUUAAGUGCCGGGACUGGGAGCGAGCGAUGUCGGAGGAGGAGGGCCGGGUGGCAAUAACAACAACACGGCGCGCCGCUGCUGUCCCGUUAGCAUCGCAGCGUCCUCUGGUCCAUGUCGUUUAACCCCGCUGGUCGACUUCACCCGUCCCCGCCUGCACUCCAGUCCAGUCUAGUCUUGUCCCGAGACCCGCCGUGAUGGCUGAGGAGGACCCCCAGCAGCAGCAACAGCAACAGCAGCAGCAGCAGGCGGACCGCGGGGCGGGGAGCCUGCCCGGCCUGCUCUCCGGACUGCAGGGCGCCGAGGCCAGUGCUCUGCAGCUCAGGAUCAAGAACUCCAUCUGCAAAUCUGUUCAGUCAAAAGUGGAAAACAUUCUGCAAGAUGUCGAGAAAUUCUCAGACAUUGAAAAACUCUACCUCUACCUUAAGUUGCCUUCUGGUCCCAGCAGCAGCACUGAUAAAAGUGACCAGAGCGCCCUGUCUUCAAGCCGUACACAGCAGAUGCAUGCGUUCAGCUGGAUCCGCAACCAUUUAGAGGAAUACCCAGAGACCUCUCUUCCCAAACAGGAGGUCUAUGAUGAAUACAAGAGCUUCUGCGACAAUCUUAAUUACCACCCCUUGAGUGCUGCAGACUUUGGAAAAAUGAUGAAAAACGUCUUUCCGAACAUGAAGGCGCGUCGACUUGGCAUGAGAGGAAAAUCAAAAUAUUGCUACAGUGGACUAAGGAAGAGACCCUUUGUUCACAUGCCAUCAUUACCAACUCUGGAUCUCCAUAAAACAGGCGAAGGACUCCAGUGUGAUGUCCUAGAGUCACCGGGCCAGCUGAGCAGCAUAAAGGAGGAGGUGCGAUUUGCAGCCUGUGAUCUGGUGUGUGAGUGGGCCCAAAAGGUGCUGAAACGCCAGUUUGAUGCUGUGGAAGAUUUGGCUCGCUUCCUGAUCGACAGCCAUUACAUCAGUAACAAGUCUCUGGCAGCUCUUACCAUUGUGACCGGCACAGCAACAGAGGCAAAGACUCCACAGUCUGUCUCAGCAUUUAUCCCCACUGCUGAGGCUCACUCCAUCCAGCCUCACAUGACAACCCUGUCGUCGCCUUCCGUCGAUGCAAAGCAGCAGCUCCAGAGGAAGAUCCAGAGAAAGCAGCAACAACAAGAACAGAAGCUGCUCUCUCCUUUACCUGGAGAGGGACAAACCAAGAGAACAGAUGACAGUGGGCCUUGUGGUAGCCCCACCCCUCCGUCACCUCAGCCAACCAUAGGCAUUAUGGUCGCUGCUGUCCCCAGCCCCAUCACGGUACAGAGAAGCAGGCAGCUGAUGUCUCCCAGUCCAGUGGGAACUGUGGAGAGCAAGGUGCUGCCUAUUAACUUCCAAAUGGUGACACCGCAGGUUCAGCCGGUGAAACAGAGCCCCAAAACCCCGCAAAAUAUUCUGCCCAGUCCAGCUGGGGAACGCACUGCUCGGCAGCGCUACGCUCAAAUCCUGCCCAAACCUUCGGCCACGACUGCUAUCGCUUUGCGCUCGCCCUCCACCAUGAUCAUCGCAAACAGCCCCAUUAAGACUGUGAUGACUACUUGCCAUGUCAGCCCAGUCAGUUUGGUCAAGAUGACGGCCAUAUCGCUGGCACCCAACAGCAGCAGUACCACCGCGUCCCUCAUGAACACAACUCUGCGUCCGGCAUCUGCUUGUAUCAGCAGUUCUGCAGUUGCAGAAGACGUCUGCUCCAAUCAGACCAUGAGGAGUGCCUCUGCAGUCCCCAUUCUGUCCACGAUGGCCAGGCCAGAGCAGUUUACUAACGCUCAUGGCAUCGAUGUUGAAAUGGAAGUCGAAGCCAUACAUAAAAACAGCCAAAUGCAAAAUCCUACCAGUCUCAUUUUGACUCAAGGAACAAUGGCAAAUAGGAGUGGAGAGGCUGUACAGAGGGCUGCCAGUGUGCCCAUACCUCAAACUAAAGGCUUCUUGGGUCUGGAGGAAACAUCUAUCACUAAAUGCAAUGGGAAGUCCUCUUCAAGCGCUCACACUGCCGUGGCAGCCGAAAGCAGCAAUACCAGAUCUAAUGAUACAAGCACUUUGCACUUAACUCCCUCCGCUCAGAAUACCAGCGCUGUUUCUUUAUCAAACACCAGCAGAGCACCUUCAAUGGGGGAAAGCAGCAGUGUAACAUCAACCAAGGAAGGUUUCUUGUCCACUAAGAACCUCAGGAAACGCUCGGGCCUCAGCCCAGAGCUUUCACCAGUCAAAAGGGUUUUUAUGCCCCAACAGCCAGUAGGGGACACUGUUGGACUUGGAUAUGGCAUCAGAAACAUGGUCGGUUAUGGUCCCAGGCCUGGAGCUCCAGCUAGACCUGAAAGUGCACCAGCCACCAGGGAGGUGGAGGUGAAAAUGAACUCUGUCUUGUCCACUCAAGUCCAUGCACUCAGCACUUCCUCUUUCAGAACCAGUGGCUUUUACUCUGUUGCCAAAACACAGAGCUCAAUGCAGAGGAAAAACACUUCCACUGUUAUGGAAACUAGCACCUCAGUCAGUCACGCAUUAAUACAGCAACAGCAGGGGCACACAGUGGCUAACGUGCAUGUCAUACCUAAUAACCCCGGCCUCCAGAAACAUUCAGGUGUGAGUGAUGUUAGAAGUUCAAAUUCAAGCGUAGGGAGUCUGGAAGGAGCUCAGCAACAGGCCUACACUCAGUCUAACCCUGCUCCCGAACCCUUCGAGUUUUUGAGUCAAGCUUCAUCAUCCAUUCAGCUCCCUAUGCAAACAGAUAUGGACUACUUUCCCUUUGACGAUGAUGUGACUCAGGACAGCAUUGUGGAGGAGCUGGUGCAGAUGGAGGAGCAGAUGAAACUGAAGAACCUGCAGGAGUUUGGAGACUGUGUCACACUGCAAGGCCAGCAGGCUGUGGUGCCAGACAACAUGAUGUCCACUAAUCAUACAAUGGCCGCUUUCUAUCAUGCUGCAAACAGCAGCGGCAACCUAAUCCAAACUCCGACCCCGACACCCACUCCCACACCGACAUCAGAGAUGAUGGGAGGAGCUCAAGGCCUCACCGGAGAGAGCCCCUGCUCCCGCAUCACCUCCACCACCCCGGUGGACAGUGCGCUGGGAAGCAGUCGUCACACCCCGGUUGGCACUCCGCACUCCAGCUGCAGCAGCACUGUGCCUCCCAGUCCAGUGGAGUGCAGGAACCCGUUUGCAUUCACACCCAUCAACUCCAGCAUCACUGGCUUCCAUGAUGGCAGCACCGUCUCCAGCAGUCCUGUCAAGCCCAUGCAGAGGCCGAUGGCCACCCACCCAGACAAGACCAGGCUGGAGUGGAUGAACAACAGUUACAGCAGCAGCAGUGGGAGCUUAAACAAGUCAAACAGUGGAAUGGGAAUCCUCCCCAGUUAUCAACGCCUGAUAGAUGACCAUUUUCAAAAACCUCAUGCCUUUGCCGUCCCUCACGCACGGCACCACGACAGCAGUUUUGGCCGCUUGACUCCCAUCUCUCCUGUGCAGCAGCAGGUAGCUAGCAUGGCUAACAUGGCCAAGCAGGAGGGUUUUGCUGUGCCUGCCCCUCUGGAUAAUAAAACCGCCAACGUACCUGCCUCAAAUUUUCGAUGUCGCAGUGUGAGCCCCGCUGUGCAUCAGAGGAAUUUUAGUGGAAACACAGGAAACAGUGGCCUCCCCAGUGUAUUUCGUUCAGCGGUGUCUCCCUUUAACUCUCCUGUGACGCCCGAAGUGUUGAACAUCUUUGCAAACAGCCAGACAAACCUUGGGGUGAGCAGCAUGGCUCAGCGGAGCCGUUCUGUGCCACUCAACAUCAUGAUGCAGACUGAGGUCCCGCCCACACCAAUGCAACAAUGCAACAGCAAAAACAUCUCCAGUGUCCUCCUGAGCAAGCUGGAUGGAGACCAGGAUGAUGCUUUGCGGGGUCUGGGCAUUAAUAAUUUACCCUCCAGCUACACUGCACGUAUGAACCUCACCCAGAUCCUCGAGUCUGAACCCAACCUCUCCCGCACUGACAACCACCACAGCCUGAUGACCUCGAACACCACCAGCACGUGCAAGUUGCAGAGGCCAGAUUACCUCAUAGGAAACGCUAUUACCGAACAAAUGAUUCUCUCUGCAAGUGACAGCCAAAUACAGUCAGCCUCUGGAGAGCAUCAGCAGGCCCAGUCUAUGCUGUUAACCAUGAACCCGCAUCAGCAGCAAGAAGGACUACAGCAGCAUCAGCAGCUGGAUUUCAGCAGCACUGUCAAAGACCUCCUGACAGAUAACAGCCUCGCUCCAGGCAGUCAGCUCAUCGAACAGGUGUCGGAGCUGACUACAGGCGGGGCAGAUUUCCCUUGUGAAAUCAGAAUGACAUCGGAGCUCUCCAGUAGCAUCAAUGACCUUAACUCACUGGACACAAACCUUCUGUUUGACCCCAACCAGCAGCAAGAGCAAUAUCAAAAUGCUACUCCGGAGGAGUUGGUGAAUGAUCGGCUGUUUCAGCAAAUGACCAGCGAGUCGGCGCAUUCAGGUGCACUCGAUUGGUUAGAAAGCAAAGAUCAUCCAACUGUUGGGUUGAUGGGUUGAGAAUGGAGCUUUUUAAAAUCGUGUUGAUCAUGUUAAUCUGUGGUUGCUGUUUGUUUUAUAUAUUUUCAGGCAUUUAUACUUAAUGAUGCAACACUGGACACAUGGGAGUUUGUCCAGUUUAAGUGCCAGGCUGAACUGCAAAGAUGCUGCAACGCUCUGAUUAAAAUGCUGGUCAUUUUCCUUUCAUCAGAGAACAUCACCUCACAUUGUUUGAUCAAGUGCAUUUCCAACAGGUAAACAGAGGUUACUACAAAAGAAAACAAAAAUCCUAAUCCUAAACCUGUUUUAUUGAAUUGUGUUUGAGAUUUGACUAAAGAAUCAAUGAUUUAAAAAAAAAAACAUAACAGAGCCAUGAAUUUCUUAGUCUAAAGAAAUGUGGAAAUUAAUGAAACAAGAUUAUAAUUAGUCUUUUACCACAAUAUUUCUCUAUCUCAUUGUAUCUAAAUCUAAAGCAUUAUGUAAUUAGAGCAUAAGGCAUCCAUGUAAAUCCAUUUAAUAUAUUCUUAUUAUCAAUCAUCACUGAUGAUUCAUGACACAACAGUUUGCUUGAAACAUAUAAUGUGGUUGAGUUUAAAAUAAUACAAGUUUAAGCCAUAUAUUUAAUCAUAAACAUAAUAGUGGAUUAUAUGAAGAGUAUUUGCUACUACUUUGGAAGUGUACCACAGCCACAAAAGGAAGUGAUAGAAGUAAUAUAAGUGAUGUAAUUGUGGUUUCCAAAGUCCAAAUUUCUGGUUGUCAUAUCCACAGUUUUCAAGUUUUGAAAUGUUAUUCCUUCAUUAUCACAGACUUUGAGCCUUAGAAUCAUCCUAGAAAUUUGAAGUCAACCUCUGUUCCAAACAGAGAUCACAAACUUGUACAUGGUGACAGCAGUAAUAAUAAUUGGGCCUCUUUAGGCACACUGCUUUAUUUUUAGUAACAUUUUGCAAAGGUUUGGAAAAGGGUAUCCUUUUUUAAUCAUAAUUAUAAAGCUCCAAUGAAUCCCUUUAAUGUACCAGCAUUAACAAAUGCUUUUGUUAAUUGUUUAAUCCAAAGAUAUAAAAAAUAUCAGCAAGUUCUGUCAGUGGUUCAGAGUUGUUUAGUGUGGAUACAUUAAGCCACGUAGGAUGAGCUCCAUGAUUCAAGUCCUAAGUAUAGCUUUAAUUAUGUGUCUAUUUACAUGGCAUUUACAUGUCACACAGAGGAUUGUGAAGGCUUGUGCUAUACCUUUAAUGUGGUAUUGCUACAUACAACAUGAGCCAAACAAGCUGCGAAAAAUGAGGGCUCAACCACUGGAGAAAAAAGGGAAACCAUUUACCUAAGUAACCUAACCUAACCCCCCUGAACGGGGGUUUACUGCACAUACGAAGUACGAAUCCUAUAUAAAGGAAGAAUCACGGAAUGGUAAAAAAAAAAAAAAACAACAAAAAAAAACAUUGAAAUCCUCAGCACUCAUUUAAUGCAUUAUUUGUAUUGUGUGCCAAUCACUCUUGAGGUGAAGGUUUUCAUCUCAAAAUAAGUAGAUAAAGGUGAAAGGAACUUAAUAAACAUUUCAUCAUACAUUGCACUGACAAUCUGUAAUAAUUGUGUUUCUAUACAAAAUGCACUGUGUUUGGUUUGGAUGAUAAAGGAAUAUUUUCACUGCCUGUCCUGAGGAAUGAAUCAAAAUGUGUAACAGCUAUUGAUCAGUUGUGAUCCUGUAGUUUUUACUCUGAGCGGCGUGUAAAGAAGUGAUGCAGCCACUGACUCAAAGGUGCCUCUGAGGGUUUUUGGUUUCUGAGCCUUAUGUCCAUACCAAAGACUUAACUUAAUAUAACCUGCAAUAACGUGCACUGAGAUCGUGGGUGUCCAAUAUAAAUCUUCUAUGUUCUGUCAUGGGAAAAGUGAAAGAUUGGUUACAUUUGCGGCACUGGAAAACAUUUGUUUCUAAAAUGAGUGCAUGAGCACAUUAAUAUUAAUAAUUUCUUUGUUUACUAUUGUCGAUGAUUUUCCAAACCCAACAGGUACAUCAAGGUUUUAUAGAGGCAACAGCAACAAAAAAAUAAAAACCACUGUAAUCUGUUCAUGAACUGUUUCUUUGUGUUAACUUUAGAUCCCUAAGUGUAUAUUGUUGGUCACACUGACUUUAUUUGUUGUACAGAUUGUUGGUGUGGCCAGUUGUCCAGCGUGUUUUUGUUUUAUGAUUAUUUAUUUAGAGUGUGUUGUCUGUACAUAAGGUGUAACCUUGCAAAUCAUAUAAUCUUGUGUAUUCACAAUAAUCUGACUUGCACUGUUUUGUAGCAUACAUUUCUAUGUGUCAGUAUAUUACCGCCUAUCAUAUACAGCACUUUUUUUUUUCAACAGAUGAUUUGUCCAAAAAAUGAUGGUGAAUAAUGAGAAAAUGUAACAAAACUUUCAAGAUUCAGCUUGUCACCUAAAACCUUUCAGAACUGGAUUUUGGCAGAACAUUGUCUAAGAGAGGAUUUGCACAAGUUUUAAAACAUUCAAAUGAGACUAUGCAUAGUUAUAUGCUGUAAUGUUAAUGCCAUGGUAUAUUGCAGAACAUUGAAUCUUUGAGUGUGUUGAUAAUUCGACUGUUGUUUUAUACAGAUUACAGAACUUUUGAAUUCUGUAAAAGCAGAUUGUAUCACUGUAAUAUAUAAUCACACUUUGAGUCUAAUUUGAUAUUGAUUCAGCCUGUUAUCCAGACAAACUUUUCUUAACUUGGCUGUGUGUCCGUGAAAACAUUUGCAUUUCUUUUGUUGGCACUGAUGUUUGUGUUUCAUGAAGACUUUACCCUUCCUCUUGUUGUAAGUGGUUCAGAGCUGUAGAACUGCCCCCCACUGUAGUCAUGUUUUG